UGGGGGCCACCCUACGAAACGGAGAAACCUAAAAAGGGCAAAAAAAGGAGUCCAAAUGUAGCAAAAGUAUCAUGCAAUUCAACUAGGAAUAGCCAUGCAAAGUUGCCGUUUCUGGGGCUCUCUCGGCAUUGGGGGUAUCCAAAUAACUCUCUCUCACGUCUCUCUAUCUUCUCCUUCUCUAUAUUUAGCAAUCCCCUUUACUCUUUUUCCAAGAUUAGCACCCUAAAAGUAGUGAAAUUUUGAGUUUUUUUUGGUGGGGAUUUGUGGUGAGAGCCAAGGGGGUGGUGGGUUUUCUGGGUUUUGAUCAAUUGGGUUUUUUUUGGGUUUGGGGUUUGGAGAAAUGGGACGUGGUAAGAUUGAGAUAAAGAAGAUCGAGAAUGCUAAUAGCAGGCAAGUGACAUUCUCCAAACGCCGUGUUGGGCUGCUCAAGAAGGCUUCCGAACUGGCGAUUUUGUGCGAUGCUCAAGUUGGUGUUAUUAUUUUCUCAAAUACCGGCAAACUUUUUGAGUUUUCCAGUACUAGCAUGAAGCGAAUAAUUUCAAGAUACAACAAGUUAGAUUCAUCAGAGGGUGCUCUAGUAGAAUACAAGGCAGAGGAGCCUAAAGAGGUGGACAUUCUGAAAGAUGAAAUUCGAAAGCUACAAACGAGACAGUUACAGCUGUUGGGUAAGGACCUAUCCGGCUUGAGCUUAAAAGAGUUACAAAAUCUAGAACAGCAAUUAAAUGAAAGUUUAUUAUCAGUCAAAGAGAGGAAGGAGCAAGUACUGAUGGAGCAGCUUGAGCAAUCGAGAGUACAGGAACAGCGAGCUAUACUGGAGAAUGAGACUUUGCGAAGACAGGUUGAGGAGCUUCGAGGUUUGGUUCCAUCAUCUGACCGCUUGGUGCCACCUUUUCUUGAGUACCAUCCCUUAGAAAGAAAAGACUCCAUCACAAAAUCUGUUGUAAUAAGUCCAGACGUCUGUGAUUUUGCAGUUGAGAGGGAAGAAUCAGAUACUACCUUGCAGUUAGGGCUUCCCACUGAGAUUAGUCGCAAGAGGAAGGCACCUGCCAAGAUGGAAACCCGCUCCAACAACUCUGGCAGUUAAAUACAUCUACUGUAAUGCUCCUCUUCAUGGUUUCUACUUAGAAACUGAAACAACUUAAAAAAAUUGUAACUAAUGGUCAAGGUUUAGCAGUUUUUUGUAAAUGGGAAUCAUUUUCACCCAACAAGUGUCUGAUCUGCGGGUUAGACACUUGAGAAAUCAUUAUAAUGAAGAAUGUAGAUGUUGCUUUUUCUUUUAGUUAGAGAAUUGGCUAUUCCUGCUGUGUGUAAGUAGUUGUGAAAGUUCUUAGUUCAUGUUGCCUGCUUUUUGAAGCAUUCGGCCUAGGGCAUUGUAACAUGUACGCACUGCUUGUUUCUCAAUGGACCGGGCACUUGGGCUUGUAUCACAAUUACCCUUUUGGUCAUUAA